GGAAUAAAAGUUUGUCCGUAAUUAAUUUACAUAUGAAACUUCAAAUGCGGGUGGAAAUCAACAUUAUUUUUCGCCGACAUGUUGAUGAAGGAAGUGGUGAUUUCCCUGCUGCGGAAGUGGUGCGGGGUGAAGCUGCGGCGGCGGAGGAGGAGAGGGUACAUCGGGAUGUACGUCGGGGAGGAGGCGCGAAGAUACGAAGUUCCGGUGAAGAGCCUGGCCAAGCCGUCGGUGCAGGAGUUGUUGGUGAGGCGGCGGCGGCGGACGUCGGAGGAUGGCGACGACGUGCCCCUGCUGCUGGAUUCGCCCAAGAUAGUGGGUCCCCUGUCCAUUCCCUGCUCGGUCGAGUCCUUCGACCGGUUGGUGUUCCCGGUCGGUCCGGUAAUCAACCCAAAAUUGGUGAUUCGUAAGUCUGUUGCCAUUGACCUGAAAUGAAUCGCAACAUUGGAAAGAAAAUUAUGUAAGAUCUACUUUUAACACGGUAGUGACAAGAUUAAUUAUUUGCUUCAUUGCUUUCCUGCCCAUAAUUUGGUAAGAGAUAUAUCAACUUUUAAGUUCAUCGUCUCGUUAUUUCUUUCGUAAGUUUCAUUGGGUUGCAUGUAGGGGUGGGCAUCGGUCUGGUCCGGACCGGAUCGGACCAAUAGUACAUUCGAUCCGCUUUGAUGUAUUUCGUCCGCUCCAAAUGUAAAUUUGAUCCAUUUUUCUUCAGUAUUUAUGAAAUUCAUAGGAUAAAGGAUCGGACCAUAUUGUAUUCGGUUCGAUGUGAUCCGAUCCAAAUAUCGAUUCGGUCCGGUGUGGUCCGGUAUGGACCAACCCACGCCUAGUUGCAUGUACUGUUGAGAACCUCAAAUUUUGAGGUCAUUGACAUUAAUUACUAUGAAUGAAUGAAUCGUGUCUAGUAAAAAAAAUCCAAUUUCAAGUCCUUUUUCUUUCCUUAUCAUCCAUCAAACUCAGCCGGACCCGGUCGAUCUAGUGGGUCACGGGUUAAUUGGUCACUCGUUUUAGCCCGGAAAUAUGGAAAGAGUCAUUUUAUUGUACUUAUCAUGAUAAAUUAUAUCAAAUCUCAUAUAACAUUGUUACACAAAAAUAACAUUUUGUAUUUAGAUCUAACAUAUAGUGAAAAUUCACACACACUUAUAUAGCAUCAAUAUUCAAAUGUUCAACUUAGAAUUCCAAAGAUUGAGUUAGGUGAAAAGAAAAAUCGGAAAAUAGGCGCAUUUCGCAAACCAAAGAAAAAAAUGACACAAUUUCACCUCCAACCCGGUACCUUGUCGCGGUCGACCCAGCGAGUGGCUGUGGCCCAUUUUUCUCACCAGGCCAGGAUCAAAAUGGGUCGACCCGCGGGUUGACAACCUUUAGCAUUGACAACAACAAUUGGCACAUACCAUAAAAUACGGUGAAGAAUUAGUAAAAUGAUCGUUAAAAGAAUUAACAUAAGAUAUAUGUAAUUCUCUGGAAUACAUCUUGGCAGAUUAUCAAAGGUUAAAAGGAAUACAUGGAUUCAUGUUGUAGAUCAUCUUCAUCUUGAUGCGAAAAUCGUAGGAUGAUCUAUGAUCGCACGAUACUGGCAACAGCAAGACCCGUGAGGUACUGCAACCUUCUUCAACCAAAAGAAUAUAAUUUAAUUGUAUCCUUCUGUCCACUAUACCUUCUUGUGCCUUAUAAGCUUUUUACUGAGUUGGACAACCCUAAAUGUGCAAGUGCCUUAUUGCACAUACGCGUUACAUUAAAUAUUUUUCUGGAUACUCAAUUUAAGGAUGUACGUUGUAACCCGUAUGGAUUUAUAUCUAAAUGGAGUUUAGUAACUAGAAAUACUCCUCACCAUAUCCUUAAGAGUUCCACGAAACCAUAACAUCCUUAGGUCUCUACUUGUUCCUUACUCAGAAUUUUGAGGUUAAGUGAACGAUCACAAUUUUAUCUUGUAUCUUCCCUCCUCUUCUUUUGUGAGUAUUAGUACUCACAUGAAACUUCAUGUAGGAAGAUAAAUUAAACCAAGUGUUGAGUGUGUCUUUUGACAACUAUAACUUUAGUCACUUAAUUUUAAUACGAAAUAAGACACCUCCAAAAUAUGAUACGCUUGUACAUUUUGCCUAUACACUUUAUGGAUUAACUUACCCUAAUAGGAAACUUAUUUCAUAUCUUUUCAUGUUUGGAAAAAUACUAUAUUAUUACUACAAUGAAACCCACAUAUGUCUCAGUAAAGAGCCCCUAAAUUAUUUAUCAAAUAGAGCGCUUAAUAAUCAUCGCACACACUCGAUUGGAUCAAUGCAUACUUUUCAUUAUUAAAUCUCAUUGAGAAUAAUUUUCAUGAUUUUUU